GUCAGGGCGUGGGCGCGGCAGUCGGGGUCGCGGGAAGCCACGCGGCCGAGGGAGAGGGCGAGGCGGUUCAUCUGCGGAAGACAUCAUGGCACGCAACCGGGAGAUGGACUGGGACGAAAGUGAGGAAAGCAGAUGCAAUCACUGAGGACAAGACACACGAUGCAUCAUCCAGCCUUUGGUUUGGCUGUGGUUGUGGUUGUGGUCGUGUCUGUGUGUGUGUGUGUGUGUGUGUGCCAGUUCGCGAGCAGCGUGAGGAGGUGAAGGCCAAGAAGGCCAAGGAGCUGCUGGGCGAAGGCGACGAGGAGGAGGAAGACGACCUCGAAUUCGACCAAGAGGCAGAAGAGGAGGAACAGGUGGGAGAUGCACACACCCGCCGACAGGCAGGCAGACACAUGCCUGCACAUGCCUGCCUGCAUGUGUGUGUGUCUGGUUGUUGUUGUGUCCACACAGGAGGAGGUCAAGGAGAAAGAAAAGAAGGUACGCAUUAUAUGCCAUGGCCCUCGCUCAUCAAUGCACUCAUCACUGGUCGUCCUACCGUCUUGGCUUUGGUCCCCAGAACGCCGUAGGCGAGCUGAUUGACGUCGAGAACCCCAACCGUUCGAAGCGCAUUGAGGAAAAGGCCGGUGUGGAGCUGACGAGAAAACAGAAGGAGGAGCUCGAGAAACAGAAAAAGAAGGCCGCAUAUGAGGUGACCACACAGACACACACACACACACACACACCAGCACCAGCACCAGAGUCACGUGCAGAUCGACCUAUAUGGACACACCUCUUGUCGCGUGUUUGUCAUUUUGCGUUCAGAAAGCCCACCGUGAGGGCAAGACCGUCGAGGCGCAGGCAGACCUCGCCAGGUGAGCCAGAGCAGAAGAGCAGCAAAUGUGGGUGCCAUCAGUGAGGACUCCACUGUGUGUGUGUGUGUGUGUGUGUAUGUGACAAAGGCUGGAGGAGGUGAAGCGUCGCCGCGAGGAGGCCAAGAAGAAGAGGGAGGACGAUGCCAAACAAAAGGAAGACACCAAGUCAGUCUCACGCACACAUACACGAUGGAUAGAUGGAUGGAUGGAUGGAACCAGUUUCUGCCUUACGCAGCAAGCCAUGCAUGUGUGUGGGCUGAUGGGUGUUUCAGGAUGAACACGCGGAUGGCGCAGCUGAACCUCGGCAAGCGGUAGACCCGGCCCCCCACCCCCCCACUGCAGAUGCGGCC